AUCCCAUCUCCAACACCACUGCAACAUACCCUCCACCCCUCACCUUUGAACCCACCACAUAACCCCGAACCAGAGCCUAUACAGGCGCAAGUCCCAAAAUGGACUACCAGAACCGCGCAGGCUCGAAAUUCGGCGGCGGCGGCGUCGCCUCGCACAGCGCGACGAACGCGGACCGCCGCGAACGGCUCCGCAAACUGGCCCUGGAAACCAUCGACCUGGACAAAGACCCGUACUUCUUCAAGAACCACGUGGGCUCGUUCGAAUGCCGGCUGUGCCUGACAGUGCACCAAAACGACGGUUCGUACCUGGCGCACACGCAGGGCCGGAAGCACCAGACCAACCUGGCGCGGCGCGCGGCACGCGAGCAGCGCGAGGGCAAAAACCAGGACCCGUCCGCGCUGCCGGGGGCGAUGGGCGUCCAAGUGAAAAAACAGACCAUCAAGAUCGGCCGGCCCGGGUACAAGAUCACCAAGAUCCGGGACCCGCUCACCCGGCAGCUAGGGAUGUUGUUCCAGCUCCAAUAUCAAGAAAUCACGCCGGGGGUGACGCCGCGGGUGCGGUUUAUGUCGGCCUUUGAACAAAAGGUGGAGGAGCCGCCGGACAAGAGUUUUCAGUAUCUCGUCGUCGCGGCCGAGCCGUAUCAGUCUUGUGCGUUCAAACUGCAGGCGAGGGAGAUCGAUCGGCGGGAGGGAAGGUAUUGGACGUGGUUCGAUGAGGAUAGUAAGGAGUUUUGGGUGCAGAUUAUGUUCAAGACUGAGCGCGAGGAGAGGUAUUCGGGUGUGCCGGGAUUGGCACCGGUUGAGCCGAAUGUUUGAGCACUUUCCUUUUUUGUUUUGUUGUGUUCUGGUUUCCGGGAUUCGGGUGACGCUGGUGUUU